UGCUCAGAUUUUCUUUCACACAUCAUAAUCAAAAGAUACACACCAGACAUAAAAUAAAAGUCUACCGCAAAAUGUUCAGCGUCAGUUAGUUUUUGAUUGUCGAACUGAUCAGAUUGAAAUUUUGAUUUAUAAGAUCCGUUGUUGUGGUGUCCAGUCACUAAAUUUUAAUUUAAUUUUUUUUUAAAUAUAAAAUCGUUAGUCAUUAUUUGUACGCUUUUGUUUAACUUAAAAAAAAGAAUUUUAAGAAGAAUAUCACGGGGUUUGGAAUUUAUUCAAAACAUAAAAAUAAAAUGAUUCGAAGAAAUAAUGUCAUUGUUUGCUGUAUAGUGUUUUUGAGUCUAAUACUAAAUUGUUUUGGUCGUUUACCAUCGUCGAUAACGCCAUGCUCGAGAAACACACCGAACAUAGAAUCAUGCAUAAUUGCCGAAGCCAACAAACUCAAACCGCUACUGGCCAUUGGAGAUUUGGGUGACGGUUUCCAUAUGCCGCCAAUGGAACCAUUAGCUUUAGAUCGUAUCAUCAUUCGUCCCAGUCCUGAAUUUAAUGCUGUGUUUACAAACUUACAAGUCAAUGGUCCAACAGCUUUUGUGGUUGAGAAAUUAAAAGCUGACGUUCCAAAUUUGACAUUCGAUUUUUCCGUCUUUUUGCCGAAAUUAAAUUUUACCGGAAAUUAUGCAUUGAAAAUGCGCCUAUUGCUGUUUAACAUCCAAGGCCAAGGACCAAUUACUGGUACAUUUUAUAACAGUCGUGGUGUGGUUCGAUUGCGAGGUCAAAGAGUCAAUCGCAAUGGUGGCGAAUAUGUUUCAUUCAAUCAAUUGGAUGUGAAAAUGGAAGUCGGAAAGUCUAAGCUAAAAUUAGAUAAUUUGUUCAAUGGUGAUCCGGUGUUGAGCCAAGUCGGAAAUGCGUUUAUCAACGAGAACACUGAUCUGUUCAUAAGCGAAUUGAUUCCGGGUUUGGAGAAAAGUUUGUCGAAAUCCUUUUUGGAAAUGGUUAAUGUGAUUAUGAAAGAUGUGACGUUCGAUGAAUUGUUUCCGGAUUCGUAGAAGUAAAUGAUUUUGUAU